GAGAGCCCCCUCCCACUGUCCCCUCCCCUCGGCCCCCCUCCCCACUUCCUAAGGAAAAGGCCGGGGCUCUGCUGGAGGGAGCCACAGAGUUGAGGCGCGCUGACAUGGGCAACUUGAAGAGUGUGGGCCAGGAGCCCGGGCCACCCUGUGGCCUGGGGCUGGGGCUGGGCCUCGGGCUGUGCGGCAAGCAGGGCCCAGCCUCCCCAGCACCAGAGCCCAGCCGGGCGCCCGCAUCCCCACCCCCAACCCCUCCAGCGCCAGACCACAGCCCCAAACCUAGCUCCAACAGUCCUCCGCUAACUCGGCCCCCGGAGGGGCCGAAGUUCCCUCGAGUGAAGAACUGGGAGGUGGGCAGCAUCACCUACGACACCCUCAGUGCCCAGGCACAGCAGGACGGGCCUUGCACCCAAAGACGCUGCCUGGGCUCCCUUGUGUUUCCCCGGAAACUGCAGAGCCGGCCCACCCAGGGCGCUCCACCCCCUGAACAGCUGCUGGUUCAGGCCAGGGACUUCAUCAACCAGUACUACAGCUCCAUCAAGAGGAGCGGCUCCCAGGCCCAUGAGCAACGGCUUCAGGAAGUGGAGGCCGAGGUGGCAGCCACAGGCACCUACCAGCUUCGGGAAAGUGAACUGGUCUUUGGGGCCAAGCAGGCCUGGCGCAACGCUCCCCGCUGUGUGGGCCGGAUCCAGUGGGGGAAGCUGCAGGUCUUCGAUGCCCGGGACUGCAGGUCUGCACAGGAAAUGUUCACCUACAUCUGCAACCACAUCAAGUAUGCCACCAACCGGGGCAACCUUCGUUCAGCCAUCACAGUGUUCCCCCAGCGCGGCCCGGGCCGCGGAGACUUCCGGAUCUGGAACAGCCAGCUGGUGCGCUAUGCGGGCUACAGACAGCAGGACGGCUCUGUGCGGGGGGACCCAGCCAACGUGGAGAUCACCGAGCUCUGCAUCCAGCAUGGCUGGACCCCAGGAAACGGGCGCUUCGAUGUGCUGCCCCUGCUGCUUCAGGUCCCGGACGAGCCCCCAGAACUCUUCACUCUGCCCCCUGAGUUGGUCCUGGAGGUGUCCCUGGAGCACCCCACGCUGGAGUGGUUCGCGGCCCUGGGUCUUCGCUGGUAUGCCCUCCCGGCAGUGUCCAACAUGCUGCUGGAAAUCGGGGGGCUAGAGUUCCCUGCAGCCCCUUUCAGCGGCUGGUACAUGAGCACGGAGAUCGGCACACGGAACCUGUGUGACCCUCACCGCUACAACAUCCUGGAGGAUGUGGCCGUCUGCAUGGACUUGGAUACCCGGACAACGUCGUCGCUGUGGAAAGACAAGGCGGCGGUGGAGAUUAACUUGGCUGUGCUGCACAGUUACCAGCUCGCCAAAGUGACCAUUGUGGAUCACCACGCUGCCACAGCGUCCUUCAUGAAGCACCUGGAGAAUGAGCAGAAGGCCAGAGGGGGCUGCCCUGCUGACUGGGCCUGGAUCGUGCCCCCCAUCUCGGGCAGCCUCACUCCUGUCUUCCAUCAAGAGAUGGUCAACUAUUUCCUGUCCCCUGCCUUCCGCUACCAGCCAGACCCCUGGAAGGGGAGUGGAGCCAAGGGCACUGGCAUCACCAGGAAGAAGACCUUUAAGGAAGUGGCCAAUGCAGUGAAGAUCUCUGCCUCACUCAUGGGCACAGUGAUGGCAAAGAGAGUGAAGGCCACAAUCCUGUACGGCUCCGAGACUGGCCGGGCCCAGAGCUACGCGCAGCAGCUGGGGAGGCUCUUCCGGAAGGCGUUCGACCCCCGGGUUCUGUGCAUGGACGAGUAUGAUGUGGUGUCCCUCGAACACGAGACGCUGGUGUUGGUGGUGACCAGCACAUUUGGGAAUGGAGAUCCACCAGAGAAUGGAGAGAGUUUUGCAGCAGCCCUGAUGGAGAUGUCCGGCCCCUACAACAGCUCUCCGCGGCCAGAGCAGCACAAGAGUUACAAAAUCCGCUUCAACAGCGUCUCCUGCUCAGACCCGCUGGUGUCUUCUUGGCGGCGGAAGAGGAAGGAGUCCAGUAACACAGACAGUGCGGGGGCUCUGGGCACCCUCAGGUUCUGUGUGUUCGGCCUGGGCUCCCGGGCAUACCCCCACUUCUGUGCCUUUGCUCGUGCGGUGGACACGCGGCUGGAAGAGCUGGGCGGGGAGCGGCUGCUGCAGCUGGGCCAGGGCGAUGAGCUAUGCGGCCAGGAGGAAGCCUUCCGCGGCUGGGCCCAGGCCGCCUUCCAGGCCUCCUGUGAGACUUUCUGCGUGGGAGAGGAUGCCAAGGCUGCUGCCCGGGACAUAUUUAGCCCCAAACGGAGCUGGAAGCGCCAGAGGUACCGGCUGAGUACCCAGACCGAGGGCCUACAGUUGCUGCCAGGUCUGAUCCACGUGCACAGGCGGAAGAUGUUCCAGGCCACAGUCCUCUCAGUAGAAAACCUGCAAAGCAGCAAAUCCACCCGGGCCACAAUCCUGGUGCGUCUGGAUACUGGUGGCCAGGAAGGGCUACAGUACCAGCCAGGGGACCACAUAGGAGUCUGCCCACCCAACCGGCCUGGCCUCGUGGAGGCGCUGCUGAGCCGUGUGGAGGACCCGCCGCCACCCACGGAGCCUGUGGCAGUGGAGCAGCUGGAGAAAGGCAGCCCUGGUGGCCCUCCCCCCAGCUGGGUGCGGGACCCCCGGCUGCCCCCGUGCACGCUGCGCCAGGCUCUCACCUUCUUCCUGGACAUCACCUCCCCACCCAGCCCUCGACUCCUUCGACUGCUCAGCACCCUGGCUGAAGAGCCCAGCGAACAGCAGGAGUUGGAGGCCCUCAGCCAGGACCCCCGGCGCUACGAGGAGUGGAAGUGGUUCCGCUGCCCCACGCUGCUGGAGGUGCUGGAGCAAUUCCCGUCCGUGGCACUGCCUGCUCCCCUGCUCCUCACCCAGCUGCCCCUGCUGCAGCCCCGGUACUACUCAGUCAGCUCGGCACCCAGCAUCUACCCAGGAGAGAUCCACCUGACUGUCGCUGUGCUGGCCUACAGGACCCAGGGUGAGGCUGCAUGCAGGGUGGGUCUGGCCUCAGCAGAAGCGGGACAGCCCCUCACUGGCCUUUCCUCCCUUCCCCUAGAUGGGCUGGGCCCCCUGCACUAUGGAGUCUGCUCCACGUGGCUGAGCCAACUCAAGGCUGGAGACCCCGUGCCCUGCUUCAUCAGGGGGGCUCCCUCCUUCCGGCUGCCACCUGAUCCCAGCUUGCCCUGCAUCCUGGUGGGCCCCGGCACCGGCAUCGCCCCUUUCCGGGGGUUCUGGCAGCAGCGCCUGCAUGACAUUGAGAGCAAAGGUGAGGCUGGGGGCGUGUGGUGGGAGGAAGUCACACCAUCUAGGGACAAAGGCAGGUGGGGAAGAGGCCAAGGACGCCACAAAGGUGAAGAGAAGCUCAUUAGCACAAAGGGGUACCUGGGGGGCCAGGGCUGGGCCCUGUUUGGCUUCCUGGUGCCUGAUGGAGGUUGGGACGUGACACAGGGUGCUAAUGAGAAGCCCUACAGGCGAGGGACAAGGAACCAGGGAAGCCGCAGGGCCUCUGUGGAAGCGUCCUGCACGCUCCUGGAGGCCCAACAGCCCAAACAGCGGAUGCUUCAACUCAAAAGGUCAACCCGGGCAUUGGGUGGCCAGUGGGAGGCACUGCCGGGGCCGCGCCCUCCCAAGCCGCCUUGUCGCCUUGCAGGGCUGCAGCCCGCGCCCCUGACUCUGGUGUUCGGCUGCCGAUGCUCCCAGCUGGAUCACCUGUACCGCGACGAGGUGCAGGACGCCCAGCAGCGCGGAGUGUUUGGCUGCGUCCUCACCGCCUUCUCCAGGGAACCCGACAGCCCCAAGACCUACGUGCAGGACAUCCUGAGGACCGAGCUGGCGUCUGAGGUGCACCGCGUGCUGUGCCUCGAACGCGGCCACAUGUAUGUCUGCGGAGAUGUCACCAUGGCAACCAGCGUCCUGCAGACGGUGCAGCGAAUCCUGGCCACCGAGGGCGACAUGGAGCUGGACGAGGCCGGUGACGUCAUCGGCGUGCUGCGGGAUCAGCAACGCUACCACGAGGACAUUUUCGGGCUCACGCUGCGCACCCAGGAGGUGACAAGCCGCAUACGCACCCAGAGUUUCUCCUUGCAGGAGCGGCAGCUGCGGGGCGCGGUGCCCUGGGCGUUCGACCUACCCGGCUCCGACACCCCCGGCCCCUGAGAGCCCCCCCCCCGGCUCUCCACACUGGUUCCCAGAGAGAGCAGGGCCGGCCAGCGCCCUCCCCUCCCGAGUGCCUUCCCACGUGUGCGGGGGCAGCUGCUCAGCUUUCUUCCCCCAGGAAUGGGCCAAAUGCGCUCGCUCGCUCCCUCUCGCCCCUGGCCUGGGCAUCCCUAAUCCUGGUAGGCCCCUCCCAGCAGCUGUAUGCCAGGGCCUACUACUACUACCCAUUAGGUGAAGUUUAGCUUCCCCUUCGUUUCUCGGGAGUGUCUUACCCUCAAAGCCUAAUCUCUAAAUCAUUCAGAUAUUUAUUAUUGUUGAAGAUUUACGGGAAGAGACUGUGCCAGGUGUUACGACAGCCACUGACGCCUAACCCCAGCCCCGGUGAAUUACAAUUGUAAAAUCACAA